AUGCAAGAGGCCUACAAAGUGGGGACCUUGCUUCGCGUUGAAGAUCCAAAUUCUGAUUCCGAGAGCAGUCACAUUGACGUUGAGGAGAGCCACACGCGAAGCCUAGAUCCAUUUGAUCCUGAUGUAUACUUGGAUGCCUUGUUCGGACCCUUGUACUUCAAACUCGAGCGUAUUCAGAAGGAUGGAGAUUCUGGCCCCAGAUUCCCGGACUACAUUGGUUUGCAUCUUCUUGCUUCUCAACCUUCUCUUGCAGCUGUCCAUCGCCUUGAAGAUUCGACAAGUGGGGCAGCAAACCUAUGGAGAUGUUGGAGAUCAACUGACGAGUGGCACCUGUUGGAGAGUCUCGAGUCAUCCGAAUUAUUUCGGGGUUCUCUAUCCCGAGGAGUUUAG